UUAUUUUACUUAUUGUUAAUUGGUUGACGUGUUUAAUUUCAAUAAUGUCAUAUCAAAAAUGGAUAAAAGGAUAAUUUUGAUUUCAGUGAAAACUGUCAUAACAUGACUAAUGUUAAAUAGGACUAAAUUUUGCAAUGCUAAUAGUAACAAUAUUCAUUUAGCUGUUAGGACAAGUGUUAGAGAAUAAAAAUAAAUAUUUGAUUAAAAAAUGUUUUUAGUAGGUUUGACAGGUGGAAUAGCUACUGGGAAAAGUAGUGUUGCUGCUAUUUUUCUUGAAUUCGGUAUACCUGUCAUUGAUGCCGAUCAAAUUGCACGAAAAGUUGUGGAACCUGGGAAACCAGCAUGGCAUAAAAUAAGACAAGAAUUUGGUCCAGAAAUGUUUUUAGAUACUAAUGAACUUGAUAGAACGAAACUUGGCGAUGUCGUAUUUAAUGAUGUAGAAAAAAGAAAAAAAUUAAAUGCUAUAACACACCCAGAAAUAUGUAGAGAAAUAUAUUGGCAAACACUCAAGUAUUUUUUACAAGGACAUCAGUUUAUAGUUAUGGACUUGCCACUGCUUUUUGAAACAAGACGUAUGAUAAAUUAUUUGCAUAAAAUAAUUGUUGUAACUUGCGAAGAAGAUUUGCAAUUGCAACGACUUAUAGAAAGAUCAGGCUUCACAGAAGCUAAAGCAAAGAUAAGAAUUGCUGCACAAAUGUCAUUGGAAAGGAAAGCAGAGAUGGCAAAUUUUGUUAUUGAAAAUUCUGGUAGCCAACGUGAUACCAGAGAACAGACUAUUAGAAUCAUUAAUGUUUUAAAGGCUUCGAAAUAUCAUUGGAAAUUACGUUUCUUGGUUGGAUUUUGUUGUACUGUUUUACUAGCAGGUGCAUAUUGGCUACGAAGUAGAUCUUUACGGCCCUUACCAACAAUAACAUAAAAAUUAUUCAUUUGUAAAUUUUUGUAAACACAAAUAUCAAAUUGUGGUGGUGUGAUAGUACUGCAUUUAUCAAAUUUAGAAAUUAGUCUGUAUGUAUAAAUAGACAAGUCUAACAAAACGUA